GGCAGACUCGCGCCAGGAGGCAGGAGGCGGCGGGGAGGCGCGCGGGCGGCCUGGGUCCAGCCCACACUCCUCACCAGGUCCAGGACACACCAUGUGGAGAUGUCCGCUGGGGCUGCUGCUGCUGCUGCUGGCCGGCCUGACUGUCCUGGAAGCCCGGCGGAGUCGCUGGCGCAGGGACCUGGCUCCUGGUCUGCACCUGCGGGGCAUCCGGGAUGCAGGGGGCCGCUACUGCCAGGAGAGGGACAUGUGCUGCCGAGGGCGAGCUGACGACUGUGCCUUGCCCUACCUGGGCGUCACCUGUUACUGUGAUCUCUUUUGCAAUCGCACUGUCUCUGACUGCUGCCCUGACUUCUGGGACUUCUGCCUUGGCGUGCCACCCCCUUUUCCCCCCAUCCAAGGAUGCAUGCACGGUGGUCGCAUCUACCCAGUCUUUGGAACCUACUGGGAGAAUUGUAACCGAUGCACCUGCAGAGAGAAUGGGCAGUGGGACUGUGACCAGGAGCCAUGCCUAGUGGACCCAGACAUGAUCAAUGCUAUCAACCAGGGCAACUAUGGGUGGCAGGCUGGGAACCACAGUGCCUUCUGGGGUAUGACCCUGGAUGAGGGCAUUCGAUACCGCCUGGGCACCAUCCGCCCAUCUUCCUCGGUCAUGAACAUGAAUGAGAUUUAUACGGUGCUGAGUCCCAGGGAGGCGCUGCCUGAGGCUUUUGAGGCUUCUGAGAAGUGGCCCAACCUGAUCCAUGAGCCGCUUGACCAGGGCAACUGUGCGGGCUCCUGGGCUUUCUCCACGGCAGCUGUGGCAUCUGACCGAGUCUCCAUCCAUUCUCUGGGACACAUGACACCCGUCCUGUCACCUCAGAACCUGCUGUCCUGCAACACCCACCAUCAGCAGGGCUGCCGAGGUGGGCAUCUCGACAGUGCCUGGUGGUUCCUUCGGCAUCGAGGGGUGGUGUCUGACAACUGCUAUCCAUUUUUCGGCCGUGAGCAGGACAAUGAGGCCAACCCUGCACCUCGCUGCAUGAUGCAUAGCCGUCCCAUGGGACGGGGCAAGCGCCAGGCCACUGCCCACUGCCCCAAUGGCCAGGUUGAUGCCAAUGACAUCUACCAGGUCACUCCUGUCUACCGCCUGGGCUCUGAUGAAAAGGAGAUCAUGAAGGAACUGAUGGAGAAUGGCCCAGUUCAAGCGCUCAUGGAGGUACAUGAGGACUUCUUCCUAUACCAGAGGGGUAUCUACAGCCACACGCCUGUGAGCCUGGGGAGGCCAGAGCCAUAUCGUCGGCAUGGGACCCACUCGGUCAAGAUCACCGGGUGGGGAGAAGAGACACUGCCUGAUGGAAGGACAGUCAAAUACUGGACUGCAGCCAACUCAUGGGGUCCAACGUGGGGUGAGAGGGGCCACUUCCGCAUCGUGCGUGGUACAAAUGAGUGCGACAUCGAGAGCUUCGUGCUGGGCGUCUGGGGCCGCGUGGGCAUGGAGGACAUGAGGCAUCAUCACUGAGGUCUCAGGCACUAGUGCAGGCCCAGCCGGGAACGCCAGUGGAAGCAGCUGUGGCUGAGCCCCUAGUAGCUGCACCUUGCACAGUGAAUCCCUGGUUGCAGGCGGGCGCCUGGCUCCAAUCCCGGUGCUGACCCACUGACACAGCGCCCAGCCUGGGAGCCACAGGGCAUGUGAGGCUGGGAAGCCCUCAGGCCUCCUGGUGGGAGAUGGGCAGGGCUGGCCCUGGAAACUACAGGGCCUAUGCAUUCCAGGCCCCUGGCCCCAAGCUCAAGACCAGAGGCCGGAACACCGCCAUUCUUCAGCCGUUAUUAUACCCCACUCCUAUCUCCCUGGCCCCCAGCCCCGCGGUACCGUUGUGGCCCCCAAUACUGUUUUCUUAUUCUUCAAAUAUAUUUAUUUUUCUUUUCACUGUUUUAAAAUAAAACCAAAGUAUUGCUAA